AUGGCCGUCUCCAUCUCCAGACCACGACCUUGCCUCCCAGUUCUUUGGGGGGCACUGAGGUCUUUUGGAGCAUUCUGGAGCAUAUGGGACAUGAGGAGCAUGGAGGGACUUGGCACAUGGACGCAGCUCAACUGGAUACGCAAAGGAAGAAGGAGAAGCCAUCUUGAAGACCAGCUCGACCACCUACUCGACCAACCGGUCGAGUUCCUCAACUCGACCGGCCAAGCUUCAACUCGAUCGAGCUGA